AAGACAUUGAGCUACUGAUUUAUUACAAAGACGCCCACCAGCCCUCUGCUGUGGUGGAGGCAGGACAGGCCUCUGCCAAACCUGACUCUCUGAUGGGUGAUCCAGUGGUGAUGGUCAGCCUUUACCCUGAGUUCCCCCAAUCAGUGAUGUCCUCACUUGCCACCUGUGGAGAGUUUGUGUUCUUGGUGGAUCGAUCAGGAAGUAUGGGCUGUCCCAUGAACAACAGCACACCACAAGAAACUCGUAUCAGCAGUGCAAAGGAUACUCUGCUGCUCCUGUUGAAGAGUUUACCAAUGGGCUGCUAYUUCAACAUUUACAGUUUUGGAUCCACCUUUGAGCACAUUUUUCCUAAGAGUGUGGAGUACAGUGAGAAGACCAUGGAGGAGGCUCUGAAAAAGGUUGAACAGAUGGGGGAUGAUCUUGGAGGAACAGAGAUUCUUGAGCCUCUCAAACACAUUUACAACCAAUCCAGUAUUCCCAAACAUCCUCGACAGUUGUUUGUCUUCACUGAUGGAGAGGUGGGAAACACCAAAGAAGUUACUGAUCUUAUUAGGAAGAAUGCAGGCUGCCACAAGUGA